AUGGUGCCACUGGAAGAUUUGCUCAAUAAGGAAAGCGUCGCUAUCACGCCUCAGACAGACCACGAUCCUGUGGUAAAUGGCAAGACCGGCAUUUCCAGUGUGAUGAAGAAGGAUGGGCUGCCUAGUCCCAACUUAUCGAAAAGGGCCUCCGACUGCUCGAAGAAGCCCAUCAUCACGUGCACAACGGACGCUAUUGGUUUGAAACGACAAGAAGAUGAACGUAUGUCAUCUGGCAGCGCUUCUUCAACGUCCCCGGCAUUUCAUGGCUCUUCGCAUUUGAAUACUCCCCCAUAUGAACCCUUGGGCCCAUCAGUUGUGUCUCCUUCGUCUCCUUCGUCAGGCUCUUCCUCCUCUCCCUCACCAUUUGCGCGGGGCCACAACCCGGUGGACGAUGACGAAGAUGAUUUGGACGGCGAUGAUGAAUCUGAAGACGUAAUACUCUUCUGUAAGUGGGAGCACUGUAAUGUGACGUUCAACCAGCCGGAGUUGUUGUACAAUCAUCUGUGCCAUGACCAUGUCGGCAGGAAGUCGCAUAAGAACUUACAGUUGGACUGCCAUUGGGGAGACUGUACGACCAAGACGGAGAAAAGAGAUCAUAUUACCUCUCAUUUGAGAGUUCAUGUACCAUUGAAGCCGUUCGGCUGCUCCACUUGCUCCAAAAAGUUCAAGCGUCCACAGGACUUGAAAAAGCACUUGAAGAUUCACUUGGAGUCCGGAGGAAUUUUGAAGCGGAAAAGAGGCCCUAAAGUGGGUUCAAAGAGAACCAGCAAGAGAAACAAGAGUGGCUCGAAGGAUGCAUUGUCGUCCCGUACCACAUCUCUUCCUCCUGCCGCUGCCGCCGGUUACAAGUCUCACUCCACUUCUCCACAAAUACUACCACCCCCAUUACCUCUAGAAAUGGCGCACCAUUUACCUUCGCAACAGCAGCAGCCAAUUUCUUUAAACCAAUUGUGUACGGACGAACUGUCUCAGUAUAAGCCUGUUUACUCUCCACAAUUGAGUUCCAGACUACAGACAAUCUUGCCACCACUGUACUACAAUAACGGCAAAACGGCAGUUCAGAACGCCAACAGCCAAGGAUUGCACGUUUACGAAGACGGCUGCUCCAAUAAUGCGGUAGCCAGCGCUACCCAGUUCUUCACUAAACUAUCAAGAAACAUGACUAACAACUAUAUAUUGCAGCAAAGCGGCGGCAGUUCUGCCUCCACGUCAUCCUCUGGACACAUCCCAAUGGCACAAACGAGUUAUGUCCAGCCACCCAACGCUAUGCCUUACCAGCCUAUGCAAGUCACUACAACGAACACAACAACUUAUGUGCCAAUUCAGUUGACCAAAUACCCGGCAGGUAACUCAGUUACCGAACAUUUGCCACCUUUGCACUCGAAUACUACAGGUAGUAUUAUGAAUCACCAUCACCAGCCCCAUCACGCUAUGGCUACGACGCCACACUAUCAACCUGCCCGUGCUAUGCCCAAUUACUCUGCUACAAGCUGUUCCAUCUUACCGCCACUACAAUCAAAGAUACCAAUGUUGCCAUCUCGUCCUACGAUGGUGAGCGGAAACCCAUUGAAACCAAACUGGGAAUUCAGCCUGAAUCAAAAGAGCUGUACGAACGAUAUCAUCAUGAGUAAACUGGCCAACGAAGAGCAGGAAGACGAAAGCAAUGUGGAGGACGAUUUCAUGGAGACGUUGGGUAUAGUAAAUAUCAUUAAGGACUACUUGCUGUGCUGUGUCAUGGACGAUUACGAAAGCGAAGAAGGCGACUACGAAGAUGAAGACGAUGGUUUAUUGCAAGCUUCGCUAGAAAAACUGAGUUUGCAGAACCCAAUGGGAACAGACUCAACUCGCAUUUUGGCCAAGUAUCCAACAAUUCUGGUAUGA